UGAGUUAUUACCAACCUGUCUCAUUACUACAUAGAUUGAAUAAAAUGUUGGUUGCUUUAUAAGAAAGGCUUGUUCAAAUAAUCUCUCCACUACUCCACCUUCUUCACAGAGAAAGAGAGAGAAAGAGCACACGUUCCCACAAACUCUCCACCUUUUCAUCUUCGAUUAGUUUCCCCUUUACAGUUUAUAGAAAGAGGGUGAAUCAUCAAAACUCAAAAGGGGCAAAAAUCUUUUAAUUUGAGGUAGCAAUGCCAAGAUCAAUACUUGUAAUAACAGGGUGGUGGUUUUUGCUUCUGGUAAUGGGGAUUGAGGGGCUUGGGGUGAACUGGGGCACCAUGGCAAACCACAAGCUGCCGCCGAAGACGGUGGUGCAGCUCCUCAAAGACAACGGCAUCAGCAAGGUGAAGCUCUUCGACGCCGAUCAAUCCACCAUGAGCGCCCUCGCCGGCUCCGGCAUCGAGGUCAUGAUCGCCAUCCCCAACAACCAGCUCUCCGCCAUGAACUCCUACGCCCGCGCCAAGGACUUCGUCCGCCGCAACGUCUCCCGCUACAAUUUCGACGGCGGCGUCACCAUCAAAUAUGUUGCAGUUGGAAAUGAGCCCUUCCUCACAUCCUACAACAACUCAUUUCUCAACACAACAUUCCCAGCUCUUGCAAACAUUCAGAAUGCUCUGAACGAAGCUGGCCUCGGCGACUCCAUCAAAGCCACUGUUCCAUUGAAUGCUGACGUGUACGGCUCCCCUGAAACCAACCCUGUUCCCUCAGCCGGGAGGUUCCGGCCGGAUAUCCUCCCUCAAAUGACCCAAAUCGUCCAGUUCUUAGCCAAGAACAAGGCCCCUUUCACCAUCAACAUCUACCCUUUCCUGAGCCUCUACGCCAACGAGCACUUCCCCGUCGAUUACGCCUUCUUCGACGGGGUAGCCACGCCAAUCCUCGACAACGCCAUCCAAUACACCAACGUGUUCGAUGCCAAUUUCGACACGUUGGUGUCGUCUCUAAAAGCAGUGGGGCUCGGUGACAUGGAGAUCAUCGUUGGAGAGGUCGGGUGGCCAACGGACGGAGACAGGAACGCCAACACAAACUACGCGCUGAGGUUCUACAGAGGACUCCUCCCGAGGCUUGCAUCCAAUAAAGGAACCCCUCUUCGCCCCGGUUACAUUGAAGUGUACUUGUUCGGCCUUUUAGACGAGGACAUCAAGAGCAUCGCUCCCGGUAACUUUGAGCGCCAUUGGGGGAUUUUCAAGUAUGACGGACAGCCUAAGUUCCCCAUGGACUUGUCCGGGCAGCUACAGGACAAGUACCUCGUUGGUGCACGAGAUGUAACCUAUCUCCCAAAGAAAUGGUGCAUGAUGAGGCCGGACGCCAAGGAUCUCUCCAAGCUAGGGGAUAAUAUAAACUUCGCGUGUACCUUUGCCGAUUGCACCCCCCUCGGGUAUGGUUCUUCGUGCAACACAUUAGACGCCAAUGGAAACGCGUCGUAUGCGUUCAAUAUGUACUUCCAGGCCCUCGGCCAGAAAGAUACCGCCUGCGGUUUCCAGGGCCUUGCCAUGCUCACGGAUACCAACAUAUCUCAGGGCAACUGCAAUUUCAUGAUUCAGAUAGCGACGACAUCAUCUUCUACAAGAUUGACGCUACUCUUUGGAGAGACGCAUGCCAGAUACAUUUAUGGUGCAUAUAUGCCCAAGGCGCCUCAAUCUCUCGCUUCUUACCUUCUUUUGCAGAGAAUAGAUGAGGAUAAGCUGUUUAAUUUGUUCUCGAUAUAUGGGAACAUUAUUAGAAUCAAACUUCUCCAAAACAAACCAGAUCAUGCAUUGGUACAGAUGGGUGAUGGUUUUCAGGCUGAACUGGCUGUUCAUUUUUUGAAGGGGGCUAUGCUGUUUGGAAAGCGCUUGGAGGUUAACUAUUCAAAGCAUCCAAACAUUACCACUGGAGCUGAUACGCAUGAGUACUCCAACUCAAAUCUCAAUCGUUUCAAUCGAAAUGCAGCCAAAAAUUACAGGUAUUGUUGCUCACCAACAAAAAUGAUCCACAUCUCAACUCUCCCCCAGGAUGUAACUGAAGAAGAAAUAGUAAAUCAUUUGGAAGAGCAUGGAACAAUUGCUAGUGAGAUGAAUGGAAAGAAGCAGGCUCUUGUCGUUUUUUGAAAACGAGGAGUAGGCUACAGAAGCUUUUGUGUGCAAGCAUGCUACUUCCCUUGGUGGUUCAACCAUUCGAAUAUCCUUCUCUCUUUGAGUAACUUCAUUGCAAAUUAGAGAUGGAUCCAUAGACUGUACAAAGAAGUAAAAAGGUGGGAGCAUAAAAUUGAACCCUCCUGUUUCCUUUGCUUGCAAUGGACUAAAACUGUAUACUACAUAAAUUUGUACUGAUUUUACAGUGGGUUGUGCAAAUUUCUUUU